AUGGCCAAGCGGUGGGUGAGCCGCCGACGUCAGCAGGGCGAGGCUCCUGAGUCCAGUGAAGCUGCGCAGCCCGCCGUGGCAGAGGCUGGUGGCGCUGACUGGCUCUUCCAAGCAGCCGAGGCAGCGGAAGCCCAGCCGGCACCAGACCAGGAGCUGGACACUGCACCGCCCGGCUUAGAACCGUCUGCUGCUAGUGGCGCAGAUUGGCUGUUCCGAGCAGUGGAGGCCAGCGGAAGCGGGCAGGACAAGGCACCAGGACCUUCGGCAGUGAGCCACGAAGUGCCCACAUCUGCCAAGAGCAAAGCGGCCAAGAAGGACCGGGCGUCCGACCCAAUGGCUGCAUCGGCCAGGCGAGGGGUCGCCCGGGCGAAUUACGAGGCCGAAGAUCUGGGACCCGAGUACCUGCGAUUGCGCAAAGGUGAUCCGAUGACGUUGAUUCCCCAUGCAGAGGAGGAUGAAGACUGGGCCUUUGGCCAGGUCCGCGACCUUACCGGAUGGGUCCCUCGAAGCUACUUCAAGGAGGAGCUUCAACUGGCAGAGGCGCUCGUCGAGAGCUCAUCAGACGAGGAGGAAGAAGUGGAACCCGAGGAUGCAGCGUCAAAGGAAGCUGUGGUUUCUGCUGACUUGGCUGGAUGGCGGGAGCGGUUUCCGAGCAAGAGCUUCGCUGUUGCAUCUCUGCGUCAGCAAACAGCUCCAACUGAAGACGACUUGCGAGUUGGCUGCAUCCUCCGUGAUGCGGGCGGAACUAUGCCUUUGGAGAAGCUGAAGCAGAGGUGCCUGGGGUCGCGGCAGAAGAUAACGAAAAGCUACCUUGUGAAGAAGAGCUACCUCUUCGCCUUUCCGAAUAAGACAGACAUCACCUUUGCAGAUCCUCUUCCUGUCUUCGUGGAGGGCCAGGAUGCUCUGCCAGACGGCUGGCAAGAGCGCUUUCCCAGUGAAGGCUUCGCUCUGGCAUCCAAGUCGAGGGAGUUCGCGCCUUCCUCGGAAGAUCUGCAAAUCGGAUGG